AACCCGUAAAGCGCGCAGUAGACUCGGCGGUUGUUCAGAACACGGAGCUGUGUGCACGGAGCGGGACGAGACGGGAGCUGUGAGGACACUUCCUGCAGAGACACACGGAGACACGCGGAGACACGAUGCACAGGACUUCCUAACGAUCAGUUGUCUACACAGAGACUUCUGCGUUUGUUCCUCCAUCCACAAGAUGCAUAUGAAUAGCUUAUUAAAUCAAUGGACGGACAUCUCCAGGAUGUGUGAUGUGGACGUGUCCCCGGAGCCCAGCAGUCCCACCCUGUACGGCGAGUCUUCAGACAAAUACUACCAUGUGGACCGCUGGCAGAAGCUCCGCACCGCCGUCCGCAAACUGGAGUUCUGGGAAAACUUUAGCGCUGAGCUGAUCGGGAGUGGCUUCUUUUCCAAAGUCUAUAAGGUGAUGCACAGCACCAGUAGGAAGGUGAUGGUGGUGAAGAUCUACAAAAAUGACGUGGACCAAGACAGCAUCGUACGAGAGAUCAGCCUGCUGCAGAAACUCUCGCACCCCAACAUUGUCAGAUAUCUGGGAAUCUGUGUAAAGGAAGACAAACUCUAUCCAAUCCUUGAGUAUGUGAGCGGCGGCUGUCUGGAGGAGCUGCUGGCCAUGAAGGAUGUUCCCCUGUGCUGGAGAGAGAAGGUGGAGCUGGCCUGUGACAUCAGCAGAGGAAUGAUCUACCUGCACUACAAGAACAUUUACCACCGAGACCUCAACUCCAAGAACUGUCUGAUCCGGGUGACGCCUAGGGGCCGGGAGGCCCUGGUGACAGACUUCGGCCUGGCCAGGGAGGUGGUGGAGCUGCCAGUCAAAGACCCCGGCAGGAAGCUGUCCCUGGUGGGCUCCGCCUUUUGGAUGGCCCCUGAGAUGCUCAGAGGAGAGCCAUAUGACCGCAAAGUGGAUGUUUUCUCCUUCGGCAUCGUGCUCUGUGAAAUCCUGGCCAGGAUCCCUGCCGACCCCGAGAUACUACCCAGAACACAGGACUAUGGGAUGGAUGUGAAUGCGUUCAGGCAGCUGGUGACGGACUGUCCCCAGCGUCUCCUGGAGUUAGCAGCCAGCUGCUGUAUGGUGGAGUCCUUCAGACGGCCAGCAUUCACUGAGCUGCUGGAUGAGUUGGAAGAAGUGGCUGAGAGUCUGGACCCGCCGCCCAAAUCGGAUCUGACCACGAGCUGAGUGCUCCGUCUGGGACCCAGCAGCAGGAGCCGAGUGUCUGGGAGUACUGGUGUGGGACAGGAAGCUGGCCGGACCCUGAGCCCUAUGGUGUAGUGGAAACUGUCCUGACUCUGUGGGACACUUUGUGUGUCCAGAUGAUGGUACAGCAUGUCAGCUCUGUCCUGUAUCUACUGUAUGUCCCCGGUUCCUUGAUCAGUGUGCUGAUGUGUUUCUGCCUCUUACAUCUGCUCUCCUCUCUGCUGGGACAUCAGCGGACAUCACUUCAGAUUAGACAGGAUACAACGAAGACAUGACCAAUCAGGAGCUGAAGAGAGUUGAAGUUGUAUUUGAAAAGAGUUGACAGAAAGCUCAAACUUGCAGAUGUUAAAUUUGCUCUGUGUUCAGGUUCACAGUUUAUAGUCAUAUUUAAUGUUGGUCUCAUUUUAAGCUAUUUAUUAUUUCCAUGAAGUUAUAUUUUUCUGGAAUAACACUGAAAACCUCCAACAUGUCAGCUUUUCAGGAACAAAGAAAAACUCUUGUAAGCCUUUAUUCAGCGUGGUGACUGCAUUUUUCAAGUUAUUCUCUGGAUUUUAGCAAAAGAACCAUACAUUUUUCACAAUGAAAUCACAAAAAUGAUUGGCCACAUCUGUUUUCGCUUUGUCUAUAUCAUAUGAUAAUAUGUUGUUAUUUUUCAGUUUGAUCUGAACAUGUGCAUUUAAGUGUUUUAGUUGUUUUCUUACUCUGCAUCUUCUUUGGGAUUGCUUUAACCCUACCAGUAUUCACUACUUUCUGGUCUGUGUGUGUCUCAGUCAUUUUUUAGGACGCUGCAAAAGAAAACUUUUACAAAAGCCACAUUUGGUUUCUAUCCUAUUCCAGCUUUUUAGCUCACAGAUACAGGUUUAGUUUUUUUUAAACACACACACACACACACACAGAAUGAUGACAUUGAGGUUGUGCGCUAG